GCCUCUCUCUUUUUCAUGCUGCUCUCCCUUCCUCUCUGUCUGUCAGUGUCAUUCUAAACUGGAGAUGUGGAGUGUCUUUCUGUCUCUCUGCCUUUUCUUCCAGCCCAAUUCAGCUGAGGAAGUGAUGCUGCUGGACACAACAGAAACUACCUCAGAGCUGGGCUGGACAACCUAUCCAAAAACUGGGUGGGAUGAGGUCAGUGUGUUGGAUGACCGGGGGAAGCUCAUUCGCACCUUUGAGGUCUGCAAUGUCAACCAGAAUCCCCGUCAGCAGGAUAACUGGUUGGCAACACCUUUCCUCUACCGUCAAUCGGCUCCACGGAUGUUUGUAACGUUGCGCUUCUCUGUGCGCGACUGCACCAGCCUGCGCACACCAUCGCCCACCUGUCGUGAAACGCUCACCCUCUACUACAAGCAGGCUGACUCACAGAGGGAGCUGAUGAGAACCUGGGUCGCAGAGCCAUCUAGCGGUGAGAGAGAGACAAGGGAAGGUUGGGUGAAGAUCGACACGAUUGCAGCUGAUAAGAGUUUCUCCAAAGUAGAGCCCAGUUCACCUCACCAGUAUCAGCCCAACCGCUACAGUCGCAUCAAUGUUAAAACACGAAGCUUUGCUCCUCUGACACGUAAUGGGUUUGUUUUAGCAAUUGUGGACAGUGGAGCUUGUGUUUCCCUCAUGGGGGUGUCCAUUUUCUACCGUCGUUGUCCAGCCACCAGCCUCAACUUGGCGUCCUAUCCGGCAACUCCAUCAGGUGCAGAGCCGACUGCUUUAGUGCCUGUGACUGGGAUGUGUGUCCCCCACAGUAAAACACAGGGCGGCACCCCCCCUCGCAUGCACUGCAACGCUGAAGGCGAGUGGAUGGUGCCCGUUGGAGGAUGUGUCUGUGACAAAGGAUAUGAGCCAAACAUCAACGGAUCCGCCUGCUUGGCUUGUCCUGUGGGCUACUUCAAGUCUGUGUCUGGCUCCGUUCCCUGUUCUGUGUGUCCCCCCAACAGCAGAACCAGCCAGGAGGGGUCGAGUGUGUGCGAAUGUCGCAGUGGCUUUUAUCGAGCAUCCAAAGAUGCCAACUCUUCCGCCUGCACAACUCCUCCUUCUGCUCCAGUCUCUCCAACCUGGGAGUAUGAAAGCGGCGAUGGUGGGGUCUCCUUAAGGUGGCGUCCUCCUUUGGAUAUGGGAGGUCGCAGUGAAGUGUGGUAUGGCGUGGUUUGUCGCAUUUGCCCCUCUCCCACCUUCAGCAACCCAGCCGCAUGCUCCUGGUGUGGAGAGGGGGUCACCUUCAGCCCGUCACAAACCAACCUGAAACAGACUAGAGUAACCCUCAACAACCUACUGACCAGGGUCACUUAUCUCAUACAGGUGCAAGCCAUGAAUGAGGUGUCAUCUUUGAGUCCUUUUCCGGCUCGAUACACGAGCAUCAAUUUCACCACCAGCCAGUCAGUUCCCAGUACAGUUCCUAUGUUGCACCAGCUGAGCCGAGCUCCAGACUCCAUCACACUCUCUUGGCCUCAGCCGGAUCGACCCAACGGAGACAUCUUGGAGUACCAACUCCGAUAUUAUGACAAGGGUUCAGACAUGGACAGUGCAAUGACGGUAUUCAGCGAGACCAACACAGUGACCGUCAGUUCUCUGAUUCCUGGAUCUAUCUAUGCCUUCCAGAUCCGAGCUCGAAAUGAACGAGGCUAUGGUCCAUACAGCAACACCAUCUAUUUCACAACGCUGCCACUUGAGGAACAUUCGCUGCAGAUCCAGAAUCGACUUCCUCUGCUUGUUGGCUCGGUGAUGGGUGGCGCAGCCUUUCUCCUAGUGGUGGCAGCAAUUGUUGUUGUCGUUGUUUUUCGCAGCAAACGGAGAGAGAGCCCAUACAGCGACAGACUUCAGAGGUACAUCAGUAACCGGGGUGGGGUUAAAUAUUAUGUGGAUCCUUCUACAUAUGAAGACCCCAGUGAGGCAGUUAAAGAAUUUGCCCGUGAAAUAGAUCCUUCUCAUAUUAAGAUUGAGGAGGUAAUUGGUGCAGCCCAGUUUGGAGAAGUGUCUCGUGGACGUUACCGUCCUGUGGGCCGCAGGGAAGUGCUGGUGGCUGUGAAGACUAUUCGAUGGGGGGCAUCUGACAGAGAAAGGGGAAUGUUUCUCAGUGAAGCAGGGGUCCUUGGGCAAUUUGAUCAUCCAAAUGUGCUGAAGUUGGAGGGUGUUGUCACGCGAACUCCUCCAGAAAGAAUCAUCACUGAGUUCAUGGAGAAUGGGCCCCUGGAUGCUUUCCUUAGGGAGAACGAAGGUCAGUUCAGUGUCCUUCAACUUGUUGGGAUGCUCAGGGGAGUUGGCGCAGGAAUGCGAUAUCUGUCUGAGAGAAACUUUGUUCACAGAGACCUGGCUGCCAGAAAUGUGUUGGUCAAUUCCAACCUAGUUUGCAAAGUAUCCGACUUUGGCCUCUCCAGACUCAUGAGGGGUGUGGACCACAAUGUACCCACAUACACUGCCUCUCUGGGCAGUAAGAUUCCAGUGAGGUGGACCGCACCAGAAGCUUUCCAGCAUCGAAAGUUCAGCACAGCCAGUGAUGUCUGGAGCUUUGGCAUACUAAUGUGGGAAGUGAUGUCCUAUGGAGAGCGCCCAUACUGGGAUAUGAGCAAUCAAGAGGUGAUGAAGGCAGUAGCGGAUCAGUAUCGGCUUCCUCCUCCUCACAACUGUCCCCCUGCUCUCCACUCCCUGAUGCUUCAGUGCUGGCAGGCUGAACGGGGGGACCGGCCAGGCUUCGACCAGCUCCUCUCCUCUUUGGAUAGGCUGAUCAGACACCCUGCCUCCCUCAAGGCCGAGCCAACUCGGAGCUGCUCGCAACCAUUGCUCAGCCCAACCCCCACAGACUUAACGGCAGUGGCAACUGUCGGGGAUUGGCUGAAAGCGCUGAGGAUGGAGAGAUAUCAGGAGGAGUUUGAUCGAGCAAACAUAGACACAUUAGACAGAGUCAGCAUGCUCACUAUGGAAGAUGUCCAGAACCUUGGUGUGAACCUAUUGGGACAUCAGAGGAAGAUCGUCAGCGCAGCCCAGCAGCUCAGGUCCCACCUGAUGCAAGGCCAGGUGGAGGUCUGAGGAUCCGACCGCAGCACAAUCUGUUCCAAUUUUCACCUCCUUCUGCUUGUUGCAUUUGGUUCUGCAACGGUUUUUUAUUUAAUGUGGGCACUUUUUAAACCAAAUCGAAAAAGAGAAUAUGCUAAAUGCAACACUCUGAACUGUAUAUUCUUGUAAACUCAAUACAGCACGGUAACAGAACGUCCUCCCACUAAAUAGCGGAAGAAAGAUGCACAACGGGAGCUGGAAUCCAGGCCAAACUGAAGCUUGGAAAAGUUCUAAGAAGGACUUGGAAGAAUACUUUUCCCUUUGCUUUUCACUCAUCCUCACUUCAAUGUUCAUAGCCCUUUUUCUCUCCACGAUUCCAUCCCAUUCCACCUCAUCAAAAGUAAGCAAAAGAAAAGUUUUUCUUCAAAACAGAACACUCAAGGAAAUUUUCCUCACAAAGAAUUGCGUGAAGACAAUCAAAGGUUAUAAUUCUCUUUUUAAGUUAUUUGUAAAUCUGUAUCACUUCCUCUCUAUAUAAACAACCAAACUACCUAGCAGCUUACGGUGGCUAAAUGAGAUCCCACUGUUUGCUUUUUUUUUUUAGAUGUAAAGUUUAUUUAAUAUUUAAGCAAAAGUGCUAUAAAACAACAGUCCAAAUCCAAUCAAAAUGAUUUUGUAUGAACAAUCUAAGCCAUGUCGUGUCCCUUAAAAAGGCAUAUCCAGGGUCUAAGAGCAGCUCCUUUUAUUAGGGGUCACUAUAAUAUUAGAGCUCCCUCUCUGUAAAAUUUCACUGGAGCUUUGACAGAAACAGAAGCCACCAGCACCGCACGUGUACAUUUCACACUUCACCACUGUUUGGUUUGAUUGCCUGAGUGAAGACAUCGAGUCACUGAAGCUUGGUGAAUGUGAGAAAUGAGAAAGACGGAUAAAAUCUGAUCUGAUUUACACCUGGAGGAGAUAAAUGCUUUGUGGCAGUUUGACAGGAGCAAGUGUGUGCCUGCGUGUGUGUGCGUGUGCUGCUUGUACGAGAGGCUGUGUUUUUGUGUCCACUGCUGUAACAUGAUGGUGUGUGAGUGUGGGCGUGAUAGAGUCAAGUGUGUCAGGCUACACACACUUCUUUGUAGCUGUUUAUUUGUAUAAGGCUUCACCAUUAUUCUGUAAUUGUGAAAAUUUGUAAAAUAAAUAUGAUUUUAUUUAAAAAAAAA